AUGGUGAUCAACCCCACGUAUCUGGCCCAACGGUCGCGCUCCUCCAUCAACUGGUCAGAUGCACGACGGCGAGUCCUGAAAUCCUAUCGAGAAUGGCUGAGAGCGGGACCUGAGAUCCAGCAGCUUUACUCCCUCAAUAUGCCCGUUUCGAGGAUCCGCACGAAAGUCAGAGAAGAGUUUGAGAAGCACAGACAUGUCAACAACGUACAAGCCGUCGACGUGCUGCUCCAACAGAGUCAUGCAGAGUUUCAAGAAAUGUUGAACUACUGGAAGCAGUACUCGCACGUCAUGAAGUACUUCCGGGUGGAUGAAGAUGAGAAUGCGAGACUGCCGAAGAAUUUCAUCCAGGGCUUUCUUGAGGGCCGAAACUGA